AACUAAGAGCAGGAAAAGUAUGGAAAAAAUACAGUGUUAAUGUCAAAAAUAAUGGCGGCAAUGGCGCUCGAAUUUAAAAUACAAAUGUAAAGUACUAAAAAUAGUUUAUAGAUGAAGUUCAAAGGACAGUGAGGUCACGUUAUCAGAUGUGCGAACACAAGCGGGCUUAAUAUAUUAUCUUAGCAACCAAGGUCGAUAUUUUAUACUUAUAACUUAUUAUUGUCUAGCACUCUAGUCUUGGGAUGAUCAUGAAAAAUUAUCAGCAUAAAUUUCAAGAUAAAAAAUAUUGAUACAGGGUAUAUUUGAAAGACAUGAAUCAAACAUACUUUAUUGGAGUGGAUGUGGGAUCAGGAAGUGCACGAGCGGCACUCGUUGAUCAAAACGGACAUGUUGUUAAAGCAUCAGUAAAGGAAUUACAGACAUGGAAACCAAAAACGGAUUAUUACGAACAAUCCUCAGAUGAUGUGUGGAAAUGUUGUGAGCAUGUGAUUAAGAAUGUUAUACAGAGUGUUAAUCCAUCCCAUAUAAAGGGGAUAGGAUUCGAUGCUACAUGCUCACUUGUAGCUUUAGACAAAAAUGGUAAUCCCAAAACAGUAAGUUUCUCAAAAGACAACAACCAGAAUAUAAUUAUGUGGAUGGACCACAGAGCUCAGGUAGAGGCAGAUUUCAUAAACAACAGUAGCCAUGAAAUUCUUAAAUAUGUGGGUGGGAAAGUGAGUUUGGAAAUGGAGAUGCCAAAGGUUCUCUGGUUAAAAAAACAUUUGCCUGAACAAUGGUUGGAAUAUGGCUACUUUUUUGACCUACCAGACUUUCUGACAUGGAAAGCAACAGGUUCAAUGAGUCGUUCUUUAUGCUCGUUAGUCUGUAAAUGGAAUUAUGAGUGUUCCAUCACUGGGCAAAGAGGUUGGAAUUUGGAUUUUCUCAAAAAAAUUGGCUUAGAUGAUUUAGCUGCAAACAACUUCGAUAAGAUUGGAAACAAAGUGUUGAUGCCAGGAGAACAUUGUGGAGGACUGACAAAGCAAGCUGCAGAUUCUCUUGGCCUGAUACCUGAAACCCCAGUAGCUACAUCAAUCAUCGAUGCACAUGCUGGAGGUUUAGGUAUGAUCGGAGUAUGUGGAGAAAAUAUUGACAGUGAUAUGUCAACUAGAUUAAGUUUAAUUUGUGGUACAUCCACUUGUCAUAUGGCUGUUUAUAUAAAACCUGUGAUGGUGAAGGGUGUAUGGGGGCCGUACUUUAGUGCAAUGGUCCCUAAUAUGUGGUUAAAUGAGGCAGGACAAAGUGCUUCUGGCAUGUUACUUGAUUAUGUUAUAUCAAGUCAUCCGGCUGGGAAUAAGCUUCUUAACCAAAAAAGUACUGGAGAAGUACGCAACCAUUUGAGAGGAUUAUUGGCAGAUAUGGCGAAACGACAAGGUCUGGAUGAUGUUAGUUUAUUGACAAAAGAUUUUCACGUGUGGCCUGACUUCCAUGGUAAUCGCUCACCUUUGGCUGAUCCCACAAUGAAAGGAAUGGUUGUUGGGUUAACGAUAAAUGGCAGUGAAGCAAAUUUGGCCUUACUUUAUCUUGCCACUAUGCAGGCUCUAGCGUAUGGCACGAGGCACAUAGUAGACGCUUUGAUGCUUGCAGGAUAUGCACCCUUCAAAUCUCUGCCUGUAUGUGGUGGAAUCACAAAAGAUCCACUGUUCAUCCACAUUCAAGCGGACUCAGUUGGCUUGCCUAUAUUGAUGCCACAAGAAAAGGAUUCAGUUUUAGUUGGAUCUGCUAUACUGGGAGCCUGUGCUUCGCGAUACUUCAACAGCGUAGAGGCAGCUAUACAAAGUAUGGGGGGUAAAGCAGAUGUGGUGCACGCAAAUCCAAAUGUUAAAUCAUUCCAUGAUAAGAAAUAUGAUGUGUUUCUCAAAAUGUUUCAAGAUCAAAUAUCUUAUAGGAAUAUUAUGAAUAGCUAAACCAAAAGCUGAACAAAAUUUAGCAUUUAAGAAUACUUUCACGUGAGCAAGGUAAAUGGGAAGGUCUAAGGUAACUUUUCAUACAUGGGUACCUGUACAUACAUAUCGUAUUUUUAUCAAACAUUUAUUUAUAUAUUGUUAUUUCCUUUAUUCAUUUAGUUAUUUUU